CUCUCACGCACCUUCAUUACACAGAAGCCCCCCUCUCUCUCUCUCUCUCUAAAUUCUAAAACUCCGUUACCUAUAUUAUAUACACUACUAUGUGACUAUGUCCCUCUAAACCCUUCUCUCUUUCUCUUUGUGUGUCUCUUUGAAUCUCAUCCAAUUUUGAUUCUUUUUCUCUUCCACUACUUUACCACCUUUCUUGUCUCUAAUGGGUUCCAUUUCUCAUUCACAAUUUCCUCCAAAAAUCACGGUUUUCUGAGAUAAAUUCCUUUAUUUGAUUAGUACCCACAUUCCAUUUUGAGCUUCUUUUUUUUUUCUUUUUUUCUUUUCCACUAAUGGGUUUCUUUUUCCACGCUUGAAACCAUGGUUAAUUUUCUGGGAAAUUAAAAUCUUCAUGGAAGGAAAUUCAAUUCCAAACCCAAAGGAAUUGAGAAUUUCUGUUCUUAUUCUGCCUUUGUGUUGUUUUACCGUAAACAUGAGUUUUCCCGUGGAUUCGUUUUCCAACUUAUUGUCACCAAUUUCCUCAAGUCCUCUUUUCUCAAGCAUUGUCAGUUUCUACACUCUGAUUAUCCUCUAUUUCCCACACCUUUUCCUGAGAAUUGCUUUCUCGCCUGUACUUAUUCUUACUGGAAUUCUUCUUUUCACUUUACUCCGUCUCGGUGCUGCUCAGAGAUUGUUGGAAAAUGAAAAAUUCACGGAUUACACGUUGCAUGUCCAAACAGACCCUCCAGAAGAAAGCAAAAGCAAAAGCCAAAGCCAAAUUAGCGAGCCGGAAAUAACGGAACAGGUCACGUGCCGAUCCGAAACAGAGUCCGAAACCAAAACGGACCCGAUCACGUGCUUCGAGGUCUCGUUCUCGUUCGUGGAAUGGAAUGUGAGAGCACCGUUGGAAGUCAUAUACGAAGAGCGCGAAGCCGAGGAGGCAGAGGAGGAUCGGAAAGACGAUUAUUCGGAUCCAAACCCGACCCGAAAAUUUGGCCUCGAGAGGUCCUCUUCGUUGUCAUUGUACUACCCGGAAUCCGAUUCGGAUGACUCGUCGGACGACAGUGAUCUCGGGGAUUUUCCGGUGAUCGGAGAAUGGUCCUCGCCGGAGAGCGCGUGCUUGGCGUGGGAGGAGGAGGAUAGAGAGGGCUUGAUCGAGAUUGCUUUGGAUCAUGGAGAUAAGAAAUGUUCGGGUUCGGAUUUGGAUUUGGGUUUUCAUGUAGAGGAGGAGAAUUUGAUUGAGAUUGAUAUUGAUAUUUCUCCGACGAGAAACGAGGAAUUUUUCGGCGAGAAAUUGAGGUUUUCCCGAUGAGGUUAGGUACAGUUAAUGUGGAUGGAUUAACGAAUUAAUUAAUCAGAGUUUUGGGUUUUGCGUUUUUUGGGGUUUUGGGUUUGGAAUGUUCUUUCCUUUUUUCGAUGGCUUCGGUUUACCGUUGUGUUUAUUCUUAAUAGCCAAAUGUGGAAGUAUAAUUAAGCACAAAUCCAAAGAUUUAAAUGGGUUUCUUGGAAUGACUAA